AUUGGCGGAUUGGCAGUAUGGUCUCAGGACAGCCAAUCUGGAAACCGGAGUAGCCGAAGACGGUUCAGGCUGCGGCGCGUCCGUGUUUGCUUUGUGGACCAUGUGCUGUUAUGUAUGCCUGAAGUACUUGAAAUGCAAAUCUGGGAAGGCUUUGCCAUCUAAAUGCUUGGCUGGAUUAAGCGCCUGAUGAGGAUGGUUUUUCAGCAGGUUGGAGUAAGCAUGCAGUCGGUACUUUGGUCAGGAAAGCCAUACGGUUCAUCUCGAAGUAUCGUAAGGAAAAUUGGUACUAACUUAUCUCUGAUCCAGUGUCCAAGAGUUCAGUUUCAGCUUACUAGCCAUGCGACAGAGUGGAAUUCCAGCCACCCAGGAGAGGAUGCAGUGGUGUCUUUUGCUGAUGUUGCAUGGGUAGCCACAGAAGGAGGAGAGUGCUCAACAAGACUCAGGACAGAGGUCAGGUCCAAUCUACUCCUUCAGGAUGAUGACCUUUUUUUUGAGAAGACUCCAACCAGGCAUAUUUCCUUACCAACCUUGUCCCAAGAAGAGCCUCCACCGAAGGCUGCAGCACUGGCAAACGAGGAAGCACUGCAGAAGAUCUGUGCACUUGAAAAUGAACUUGCUGCUCUCAGAGCUCAGAUUGCUAAAAUUGUGACCCUGCAAGAGCAACAAAAUCUCACUGCAGGUGACUUAGAUUCUACCACAUCUGCUACUACAGCACCACCUCCCCCACCUCCACCUCCACCACCACCGCCCCUUCCAGUGGGGCUCCACCAAAGUGUAUCUGCUAUUGAUAUGAUUAAAGAACGUAGAAAGCAAAAAGCCAACUCUGGAAAAACUUUGGCUAAGAACAACCCAGAGAAACCUGACAUGCCAAAUAUGCUAGAGAUCCUUAAAGAUAUGAACAGUGUAAAGCUUCGGUCAGUCAAGAGGUCAGAGCAAGACAUAAAGCCCAAGCCAGUGGAUACUACUGACCCUGCUGCUCUCAUAGCUGAGGCUCUGAAAAAGAAGUUUGCUUAUCGGUAUCGAAGCAGUAGCCACAGUGAAGUUGAAAAAGGAGUUCCAAAGUCUGAAUCAGAGACCACCUCAGAGACAGCUUUGUUUGGGCCACAUAUGUUGAAAUCUACAGGAAAAAUGAAGGCUCUAAUUGAAAAUGUUUCAAACUCCUAAUAGACAGUGAACUGAGAAAGGCUAUCCUGGUUCAGCUAUUGUUUUGUGAGGGCUGAGUUUGGCUAGUAAAAAUCAACACUAUGUAGUAAAUACCUUUAAUAUUCAUUGGUUUCCUUUUUAACCUAAUUAGAAGAUUAAGCAGUACUGAAAGCACUAUAAGUUUGGUUCUGAUAAUGUUUUUGAUGUGUUUAGAUUUCCAGUCUUGAAAGCAAUUGUAAGACUUCAGAACACAGAAAAGACCCUUUUAUUGUUACACAUUUUUAAUUCUUAACACUAAUUUAUCUGUCAAAUGUUUUAUAUGCAUAUAUCUGGAUAUAAAACAGUUCAUGUAAAAAUUAAUGAUGGCAGAUGAGGGUACUAUUAUCUUCAUUUAUUUUCAAGAAUCACUUACUGUUCAGUGAUGGAACAGCUGGUAUACCCUAAGUUGUUGAAGUGAAAUAUUUGAGAUUGGAAUCUUCUUGCCUUGAAUAGAACUUAACAUAUUGGAUUUCCUCCCAUGUUUUGGAGAUGGGUUUGCAUAGGAACUGGAUGAUGUUCACUGCUGAGAUUCUAUAGUGCUUUCCGUUAGAACCAAGUUAAGGACAAAGAAGGCUGGCUUGCACAUUGUUGCCAUCCAGUGCUGAGGAAGCAAGUGUAGUUUCCAAGUAGUGACAAAUCAAAGUAUUGAAUUAAAUUAGUUUUUAGGUAAAAAACUUCUUUCAGUUUAAUAAAUAGUAUCAUAAAGAUGACUUAUUGCUGAGUUAAUGCUAUUUCUGGAAAUGUCAGCAUAAUGGAAUUAAAAUUUUUUAAAUAUUGGUCAAAAUAUUAGUGUUAUUUAUCAAACAGGCAAAUGACUUUCCUAUAAUAUUAUUAUUGGUCACAGUGCUGUUCCAAGAAUGAUAUUAUGCACAAACUUUAGGUGCUAUUAUAAAGCAGAAUCUGGGUGUGGUGGCACAUACCUAUAAUCCCAGCACUUGGCAAGCUGAGGCAGGAGAGCUGCCAUAAGUUCAAGAUCAUCUUGGGCUAUAAA